GGCCCGAGCUCCGCGCGGCUCUCUCGGGGCGGGAGCUGGCGCCGGCCCCGGGCCCGCCUGAGGGGAGCCGCUCGCCCUGCGGCGGCACCGGUGCCGGGCCGGCCCCUCGCGGCCCGGCGGGGCUGACGUCCUCUUUAUCCUCGGCGGAAGGAAAUGGCAGCUCUGGGCAGAUCCUGCCAGGGCAUCCCUGCGGGGCCCGCCCUGGAGUUCCCCCAGGCUCUGGCCGCGGCCCCUGACCGCCACGGCCUGCCGGGAGUCGCGCGGGACGGUUCGCAGCUCGGGGCUGCCGGCCGCGGGCACCUCCAGCCCCCCGCCGUGAUGCUGGCGGGGAACAGGAACGACGGCGCCGACGGCUGCGGCUCCUCCGGCUUGUGUUUGCAGAGCAGCUUUGACAUUGCCGCUUUAGCUGCGCUUGGGAGUUACAACGAGAGCCUGACCGUCGCUCCGGUGGGUUCCUUCACAAACGCGGCACACCCGCGAGGCUUACACCAGCAGCAGAGUGACAGCCAUGUCACUGUUCGAGGUGGAAAGAAGCAUAAGCUAGAAGAAGAGGCAGAAGGUUGUCCUGUGAAGAAGAAGAGACUGACAGGAACCAAAAAUUGCCCUUUGAAUCCCAGCACUGAAGAAUGGAUUCUCUGUGCAGGUCAGCAGGCAGCUGGGGAGGUAGCAAGUCGGUAUGGUGGCAGCCGUCCUGAAACUGCCAUGUUAGAAAUUCCCUGUGAAGAAAUGGAUCAGACAAUGGGGGAACAGCAAUGCGAGGUUGCUCGCAGGAAGCUUCAGGAAAUUGAGGACAGGAUAAUUGAUGAAGAUGAGGAAGUUCAUGCUGAUGGAAAUGUUAGCAAUCUGCCCACUCUUAUCCUGUCAGAUACCCUUAAAAAAGGGAUGAAGAGGGAUUUUGGUGAAGUCCUGACAAAGAAAAUAAUAGAGUCUAUGAGCCGUCCUUCUAUGGAGCUGGUGCUUUGGAAACCUCUUCCUGAAUUUCUCACAGAUAAACUGAAGCCUGUUUCUGUUAAGAACUUCAGGCAGCAGAGUACAGAAGGGUGUCAAGCAAAGCAGUUAACACCAAGAGCUGCUUUUGACCCACAGACUGAAAUAUUCCCUGAAUCACAACAGACUGUCGUGUCUCCAGAUGUGUACACUAGUUUGGGAAUCUCUGGGUGUGCAGAAGAAGAAAUGGAGUUGUAGAUGCCAGACUGUAGACUGGAAGUGGUGAACUUCUGCUGGUUUUUGUUGCUGUUUUUUUGAUUCUCUCUUUCCUUAUGGUUUGAUGUGUGAAUCUGAAGUUUUAUUGUUAUUAUUUUUCCUAGUAACAAUGGUAAGAACAUGGGUUGGCCAGACAAAACUUUAGGAAACAAAAAAAAAAAAAAAAAAAAAGAUUGCUCUGUUAAAUAUUCUAAUUUUUACUGAAAGCAACCCAAAUGCCUUUGGAACAAGAAAGCAGCUUUCCAUCUUUGUUAAUGUCCUCUUAGUAGUCCUUGAUCAGGUAUAAAAUCCAAAUACUGAAUCUUAUGGUGGCUCAAGCCACACUUUUUCACUUACUGAGCCACUGAGACUGGUGCAUAUACUGUGCUUAGUCAGUUAGUUUCAUUAAAAUCACAAAAAGGUAUUGAAAGGAAGAAAUAAUUUUGAGUUUAGUCAGAAGCAGAAAAGUAGUCCCAAUAGAAAUACAGCUUGUCACACAAUGGCUGUUUCAUCUGCAGCUGGUUUGCACUUGAUGGAAACUCGAGUAUUGAAAUUAUGCAUUCUGUAAUGUGGUAGGGAAGGAAUGUUAUAGCUGAGCUUAAGCCUCUUGCUUUGUAGAAAGUAAAACUGGCUACUAACUUGAUACUACGAGAUAUCUACUAACUUUAGUCCUCUUUGGUUCACUCGCUUGUGAAUAGUUUGGUUUUUUUGACGACCCUCCUCCCCAGAUGGUGCGAAGUCUAGGGAAAAGUGUUUCUCAGCCAACUGAUUCACAUUUUACAUUGUGAUGUGAUUCCUUGUAUACAGUGAGUUGGAAAGUCAGUUGAAGACAGUGUAACUUUUCAUUAAAUAAAUGGCAUCCUUUAAUUUUUAUAAAGAUCAGUAAAUCAGAUAAUAGCUGAUUUUCUGGGGUAAAGAGAGUCAAAUGCUGAAUGUCACGUACAACUAAGUCCCAAAGUUUAAGUGGGACUGCUGAUAUUGGUGGCAAACUAAAAAAAGAUGUUCGUCUUUUGCCUACGGAAACCUGUAUUUACAGUCUAAACUACAACAUGCCAUUAACAUGACACCAAAUAGUUUUAUACAGAAGUAUGCCAAAAGAAUUUUGUACCCUGCUUAGAGUGUUAAGAAAAAGAAUCGUCAAUGAGUUACUGCUUGUACUUUUUCUCAGUGCACACUACUUCUGUUAUGCUUAAACAAGGCAGACAUCUUAUCUUCUGGUCUUAAGUCCCAGACCUUCCCCAGAGAUACCUGAAUUGAGGCUUUUCUUAGGAAAUCCCUUUCCAAGUAAUAGGUUCUGUUGAGUCUUAGCAUCCUAGUCUGUAUUUGACAUCCUGCUAACAUAAAGGAGCCAAGUACACUGGCCUUUCAGUAUUGCAGCUGUUUGCAUAAGAAAAUCUAUUCUUCCUUUGCACAGCUAAUUGAUAAUCUGAUUUUUUUUUUAAUGGUUAACCCAUAGUUGAUAGUUUAAAAUCAAGUUUAUCUUUUUGUAAUCAUUCUUCUCUUUUGGAUCAGAGAAGCUUUCUUUGAAAGAUAUCUUUGUUAAAUCCUGUUUAUAUCUUGAUGUUCUUGUUGAAGGUUGUGUGAAAUUUGCUGUCUCUUGCUAAAAUAUUUCAGAGCUUCACUAAAAACAUUCCAACAUUUGAAUAGGUAUUAUUCUGAAAACUGGUGUAUAACAUCCAUUCUGGAACUUUGGAGAAUGCGCACAGAUCUUUCUUGCUCUUAAGUCUAAUUUUAUUUCAGUCUGCUAUAAAUCUCUUGCAUGAACUGUGUAAAAUUUCUCAUUUAUUAUUAAACUGCUGAACUUGCUUAAAAUCUACAGCCUUUAACAUGCUACAUUGCUUGAGUAUAAAGUAAAGCAAUGCAGUUUAGGGAAGGCUGUAGUUAUUGCAGGUAGAAAAUGCGGUGCCUCUAAAUAAAUACCCAUUUUUAAGCUUGCAGGAUUAUAGUGAAAGUUCAAGGUUGGGACUGUUUUAGCUGAUAGCUCUGAUCCUAAAUAAGCUGAAAAGAAAGGAUAGAAAAAAAAGUGAUGAAACCAUCUCAGCAACACUUAUGGCACAGGGUGUAGAAAAAUUUGGGAAGUCCAAAUAUGUCAAAUCUAGACACAGUUUCUUCCCUCUUAAAAUACUGAAUGACAAGUUGCCCAUCAAAUUUGCAGGAGAACAAAUGUACGUAGAUGGCUUUUAAACAUGCUUUUUUUUCCUGUUAUGUUUGUAUCAAAGGUUAGCUUUCAGAAGUGUAUUUCCUCUUUAAUCCCUUGAUGUCAAUAAAGUAUCACUGAGCCCUGUUAAUCUGACAUCUGAAACAAGAAUAUAGUGGUGGACUACUGACGAAGACCAUGAGACGGGG